AUGGUUGACACUUUCUAUGCUAUUGGACUUGUGAUUUGACUUUGCCAGUCCAUUUCUCUCUUGGAGUUGCUGCACAUGUAUGUUGGCAUUGAAUCAGACCAUCUUUUUCCUAGGUUUCUGCAGCUCACAGAGAGAAUCAUCAUCCUCUUUGUGGUGAUCACCAGUGAAGAGGAAGUCCAAGGGAAAUAUGUGGUGUGUCUUUUAUUCAUCUUUUGGAAUCUGUUGGAUACAGUUAGGUACACUAACUGCAUGUUAUCAGUCAUUGGAAUAUCCUGUGUGGUCUUGACAUGGCUCAGUCAAACACUAUGGAUGCUGGUUUAUUCUUUGUGUGUCCUCACAGAAGCAUUUGCCAUCUAUCAGUCACUGCCUUAUUUUGAAUCAUUUGGUACUUAUUCCACAAAGCUGCCCUUUGACUUAUCCAUUUAUUUCCCAUAUGUGCUGAAACUAUAUCUCUUGAUGCUCUUUAUAGGCAUAUAUUUUACCUCCAGUCAUCUUUACUUAAAAAGAAGAGACAUCCUCAGAGUCUUUCCCAUUAAAAAGAAGAAAAUGUGA